CCCCGCCCACCCUUUACCACCGGAUCUCCGACCCGCACAGAUUCAGUGGUACUAGGGCAGAGUCCUACCGCUUCGGUGAAUCUUUUCGGAUCGACGUUCGGCUAGUCCUACUGUAAUUGUAGCCUACGUACCUAAGUCGUAUAGCUACGUAUAGUUUGAAGUGUACAAGACACUCUGUUUAGUCUUAGACCUAGAAGUUUCGAGCAACAAAAGCCAGAGAAACAAUCGUGUACAACACAAGACAUUUCUCCUGAUCAUAAGAUACUCCAGAGCACGUCCAGACUUACUGAAAAACACAGAAAGAAAAGGGGACUACAAGACAACUUCUGUUCUCGCUCCAGUUCUGUGGAACCGCACACUUCACACCUACCGUACUACUCUCUCAGAUCACGGACUAACCGCGACCUGUCCCUGAGCCUUGCUGUCAACCUGGCUUCCACACGGAACACUUGUCUAUCCCCACGUCACAUCGUAGUACACCUGGCGGGGCCACACCCAUAGCUCCGCCCACUCUUCGUAACCAUGGCGUUCACUCAACACCAGCAAGGCCACAGAUACCAGCAGCGCCGAGGAAGGGGAAUGAACCCAGAGGCAUUAACUGGAACUCCUCCGAUAAUACCAGUGAGCGCACACCAGAUGCCCAUUCGGCCGUUUAUCCCGAUGGUAACUCCUGGCCAGGCAGGGAGGAUGCCCCUACUCACUGCCAGUCAGCCGCCCUCUGCCGCACUCCAGGCAAUGAUGCAACCAGGUCUCCCUCCAACACUGACGCUUCAUCCUGGACAGUUCCCGCCGCAAAAUUUCCAACUGUCGGGGGGCUACCACCGCGUUCCCCUGAAUCAGAAUUUCCCCCCGGGGGCUGCCGGGGUUGCGCAAAUGUCGAUGACUGCACCCCCUCCCUUCUCGGCUGCUGCACUCGGUCAGCCGUCAAUAAUUGGCGUUGGUGGGAGGAGGCCCGCCAAAGAAAAAGACGUCGCGAGCGAUUAAGAUUGUAGACCCCACGACCAACAAGGAGGUUGACCCUUAUGCUAGUGGAGAUUCGUCUGGUACAGUAGGAGGGGGAAAUCAGCCCCUUCGUUCCAUGUCUCCCUCGCCAAAUGUCCCCCGGGGGCCGGGGAUGGACCCCCAAAUAGCGGCAGCGUUCCUAAAACAAGUUCACCAGACGAUGAGCAACCCGCCCUCUGCACCUAACAUGGCUCCGCCCAAUGCAAUCAUAUCUGCCCCGCCCCCUCCCCACACCUACACACAUAAGGUUCCGGGCAUUAGACCUGUGUUUGACGAGCCGACGGCCCAACCAAUCCAUGCCCCUCUUCCUCAGUCCACCGGUGCGCAUGCUCCAAACCCUCUUGCUGCAUCGUUCAGUCCAGGCGGCAUGCUACCCCCACAAGUUGCGGCCACCGGUCAGUUUACGAGCCAUCAUCGCCUGCCAGACAUGACUCAGCCACCCCAACCGCAAUCCUUCGGCGGACCUGGCCUCCUCGCCACACCCGAUCCGGCGACCUUUAACCUUGGGGGAACUCCCCGCGUGACACCCAACGGAGUGCCUUCGCUGUCGGCGCAAAUGGAAAAGUCGCUACCAGCGCCAUCUGGGAUUCGACCGGAACAGUUCCCACCUCACCCCCAGUCUUUCACUGGGCAUGGGGUGGCUGACAUAUCGAAAGUGGGUGUGGUCUCGGUGCUAUCAGCCGGCGGUAAACCCCACAUGGUUGGCAAGCACGGAGUAUCUGGCCCUCCCCAUCUACAGCGUAUUCACCCUCUUCAGGACCAACCUCUUCCCCUCGUCCACAAAUCGCCUCAAGAACUGGGGCAACAGCAGGCUGUGGGUGUGGUCGAUGCGGGGGUGAAGCCACCGUCUUCCUCCGUGGUAGGUGGACAUGGGGAGACACUGGAGUAUCCACAGCAAAAACAGCCUCUGUUGCCAACGCCAGGCACUACUAGUCUGCUCCCGGGCGGACCUUCCAUUUCUCCAUCGCAACCGCCGUCGACACACGAACAGAUGAAGACCGCACCCUCUAUGAUGUCAUCCAUUGUCCCGGAAACUGGUGAAAGUGCGAAAUCGGACGAUGUGACUCCACCCGCCUCAUUGGUUACCAAGGAGAGUAUCAUCGUCAAGGAGACAGUGUCUGCAGUAAUUCCCGCGGAAAGUUUAGACAAGCCCAUGUCCAAGAGCGUUACGCCAGAACCUCUCGCUUCUUCGGUACCCGUGGAAACAGUAACCAAUGAAACAGUUGCCGUGGUUACAGAAUCUUCCACUGAAACCGUCACCAAGGUAACCGAAUCAGUCGAAGAAGAAGUGGACAAAAGUUCGAGAGACGUACUGACAGCAUUAUCAGAGUCUGCAGUGACGAAAGAACCUUCAGCUGAGGCGGAGGUCGCGGAGGUCACUGAAGAAAAACAAGAAGUAAGACAAGAAGGAGAGGAGGAAAGAGACGGAGAAGAAGCAGUAGAUGGUGCAGUGGAAGAGGAAGAUGUAGGCCGUGAGAGCGGGGAGAAGGGAGAGGGGGAAGAAGGGGAGGGAGAGGGAGAAGAGGAGGAAGAGGAGAAGGGAGAGGUGCAAUAUAUAGAAACACCGGAAAACCGAGACACAGGCGAAGAGGAGGAGGUGAAGGAAGAGAGAGGGGGAGAGGGGGAGAGGGAAGGAGAGGUGAGCGAAGAGGUCGGGAAGACGGAAGAGGAGGAAGAGGAGGAGAUCGAGAAGAGUGAUGAGGAGAUAGAAGAGGAGAAGGAAGAGGGAGAGCUGGAGGAAGAUGAAGAGGAGAAGGAAGAGGGAGAGCUGGAGGAAGAUGAAGAGGAGAAGGAAGAGGGAGAGCUGGAGGAAGAGGAAGAGGAGGAGGGAGAGCUGGAGGAAGAGGAAGAGGAUUUCAUGGCUGUUGCAGACAAAGUAGCUCCGAAAGUGGAGCGCACGACUUUCCUGCCGUUUGAGAAAAAGACGGAAGUCUCGGAAACAAAGCCGGCAUCCUCAAUGCUUCGACCUCACUCCCAACAGCACCAACGUAGCUCCUCGGACACCGUCGUAGCUCUCAAACCAUCUGCCGCCGCAAAGAGAGAACAGAAACCGGUUUCUUCUACGGCGUUGACGUCGUCCGACACCGGGACGAAACACGCCCAGCCCCACCCACCCGUGCGCGAGCCGUCGCCGGGUGCGGCUGGCGGGCGUACCAUCUACAACCGGGACUUUCUCCUCAAAUUCAAAGAACUCGUUGUUUGUCAGGAACCUCCUCCAAAUCUGAAGAAUCAUGACUGCUUCAGAACCCGGCAGGAGAUAGCUCGGGACAGGGAGAGGGAGAGGGAGAGAGAUCAGCGGGAUAUGUCGCGAGGGAGCAUGCGACAGGACAUGAUGUACCCGUUUGGUCACGGAGGGGACCGCGACCGCGGGGAUCGAGGGGACCGCGACCGCGGGGAUCGAGGGGGGCGAGGGGGCCGAGAUCGCCGGAACCCUCCCCCGAAAAUCAUCCGUAUCGAGCAGAAACCGGUUGAGCUACACAAGGCGGAGCAGAGAUGGCUCCCGGCUAAAGCGGUGCUCAAAGACCUCAGCGAAGAGGAGAAAGUGACGGGCGAUCUCUACCGCAAGUUUCAGGCCAUCUUGAACAAACUGACGCCGCAGAAGUUCCAAUCGCUGGCCGAGCAGGCGCUACAACUGACUAUUGACACUGAGGAGAGACUCAAGGGGGCCAUCGACAAGAUUUUCACCAAGGCGCUAGAAGAACCAAGUUUCAGCAUUGCGUACGCCAACCUGUGCAAGGUUCUGUCGCCUCUCAAGGUGGAGGUGACCGUGGAAGGAAAGACGAAAUUCACGACGUUUCGGCGCGUCCUCCUCACCAAGUGUCAGCAGGAGUUCGAGAAGGACAAGAGGGAGGACGAGGAGAGAGAAGAGAUGCUGACAGCCAUUGAGAAGGCAGAGACUGAGGAGAAGAAGAAGGAACUGACGGUGGAGUUGAAGGUUAUGGAGACAAGGGCAAGGAAACGAUCUCUCGGAAAUAUCCGGUUCAUCGGAGAGCUCUUCAAACUGAAGAUGUUGUCAGAGACGAUAAUGCACGAGUGUAUGAUACGACUGUUGAAGAGUUCGUCUGACGAGGAAUCUCUGGAAUGUUUCGCUGGACUCAUCACCACCACCGGCCGAGAUCUGGACAUCCCUGAAGCCAAGACUCGAAUCGACGGCUACUUCUCUAGGAUCCACCAAAUCAUUGCAAAGGGAAAGAUCUCGGCCAGGAUUCGGUUCAUGCUUCAAGACGUCAUCGAGUUGCGCAAAAACAAGUGGGUGCCUCGCAGUAGCCAGACCACCAGCCUCAAGACCAUUGACCAGAUUCACGCAGAGGCAAAGGCCGAGGAGCAACGGACGCAGCAGAUGGUGGCCCAGCAUCAGAUCACCAGUCAUUUCAAGCCUCCGAUGCGGGGAGACGACAGGCGAGGGCGACGAGACAAGGGAGCUGGUGAUGACUGGCAGAAGGUCGGGGACGAUAAACGAGGAGGGAGAAGGGACGAGAAACCGACCAAAGUGGACCCCAAGAGAAUCACAAGUCUCCUGCGGAGGGAGAGAGGAGACAGAUCAAAAGACGCUCCACUGGGACCCCAGGGAGGGAUGCUGCGUCCGGGCUGGCCUAUGAAGGGUGCUCCGUCUGCCCAGGACUCUGGCUCCGGCAGCGGUAGUGGGUCGGGUAUCGGCAGCAGUGGUGGCGGCGGGUCGGGUGCCAAGGGAGAGAAGUCUGCAAAACCUCUGAGGUCCAGUUCAGGAGGUGGUCAGAAGAGGGGAGAGAGGGGGGAGAGGGAGAAGGGAAUGGGUGGAGGCAGGGGUCCAGCGGCAAAGAGGGGCUCGACACGAGAGAUGAGCAAAGAGAGAGAGGCUGCCAUUCGGGCGGUCAAGAGCCAGACGUCUACCGAGGCAAAGCCACACCCACAACCUCCCGUAUCCAAGGCAACACCUCCUCCACCCUCCACGUCCAAUCCUCCGGUGGACGAGGAUGUCAUAUGUCGCAAGACCAACACAAUUGUCUGUGAAUUGGCAGAGAACAAGGAUUUCAAGGAAGCCAUAGAGUGUGUCAAGGAGAUGAAGUGUCCAGAACAGCUGCACGUCUUUGUGCGAGAGCUGAUCAACGUGAUGAUGGAGAAAAACGACGCCCAUCGACUCUUGGCGAGUCAGCUGCUGCGGGAUCUCCUCAAGGACGGAGAACUCACCAGGGACAAGUUCAGAGAUGGUCUGAUGGAGAUUCUGGAGUAUGCGGAGGACAUUGAGAUAGACAUCCCGAGAUUCUGGGACAACAUGGCUCAGCUGCUAACCCACCCCGUGUCUGACCCCUCCCUCAUUCCUCUCUCCCUCGUUACCUCCCUCAUUCCUGCCCCUCUCGUUAAGAAGGGGAAAGUCGGCGUCCUGGCUACCAAGGUGAUGAAGCAGCUGACAGCAGGGGUGUGUGCUGAGUCAGCAGUCGUGGCGCUAUGGCAAGGAAUGAGGUGGGAGGAGCUAGGGGUCAAAUACGACGACCUCCGAGAGCUUGUUGCUAUGGAGCAACUGGGAUUCCUGCUGGAGAAGGAGGCGUCGUCAAGUAGCCAGUCUUCGUCAGUCCUCAACGAACUGAUAUCUCGAUUUAGAGCCAGUGACACCACAAAUGAUGAGAUCUUUGUAUGGUUAGAGGAGCACUGUGGGUCUGAGUCCAGAACGACAGGAUUCAUAAGAAUGUUGAGCACUGCUCUGCUGCAGGCAUUCGUCACUGGUGAGUCUGUAAUCUCUCAGUAAACUCCUUGUAAACUCAUGAACCAUAGUAUACAGUUUUCAGUAAACUUCCAGGAUUCUCUAUACUCGGUUUGAGAGAUUCUCUUGUAAACUGUCUGUGUUUUCCAGUAAAUGCUCAGGAUUCUCUAGUAAACUGUCUGUAAUUUGUCUGAACAGGUUGUGGGAGAGGAGCAAAGUUUGCGGCGGAGGACUUUCAGAGAAGAUCGGUCAUCCUCAAGAAAUUUGCAGACAGCCACAGAGAACUACACAUUCACAUUCUAUAUGCAAUACAGAGUGGUGUGCAUCAAUUGGAACACCCACCAGAGCUGUUGGGAAGAAUAUUCCACAUUCUCUACGAAGAUCUAGAGAUAAUCGACGAGGCUACAUUCCUGGAGUGGCGAGAAAACAAGGCGGAGCCUAUCGGCAAGGGCAACGCAGUUCUCUCGCUCACUGACUUUUUCCUGUGGCUCGAGAGUGCCAAUCAGGAGAGCGAUACUGAACCAUGAUUGGUCGGUUCGUUCGGUUGCUAGGGGAGAUUUAGUUGAGGUAUCAUCAAUCGAAAGUCAUGUGAUGACUUAUUGUUCAUUGUUGGUGGGUGUGGCUUUGCUGUAAUUUAUUUGUGUAUACAUAUUAUGUGUUAGUGCACUUCAAAAUCAUGUGAUUGAUCAAUUUGUGAGUAUUAUAUAACCGACAUGGUGAUGAAGUAGUGAUGUAAUGUGAUUAAAAAGUGGAGCUGUACGUGAACUCUGUUCUCCCCUUGGUGAUGCUGUCGCUACGGAGACUGGUAGAGGUCAUGAGGUCAACUGUGUGACGAGCUCUCUGGAUGACGGACACAUCUUCUAGCUCUGAGAAUGGAAGGUCGAUCUGAAACUCAUCUUUCCACAAUUCUGCAAGAGCCGUCUCAAACUUCCCCAGUUCAAACUCGGAGCUGAAACAGAGAAGCCACACCCCUUUACAGAGUUCGCCAUCAUCAUACGACUGAGUAGGGAGUGAGAGAGAGAGAUGCUUUUCUAUUUACACAUGUUCCCAUUCAAGUCACAACACGUGAUGUGGUGGACCAACCCUCUGGACAUGUCCUCUUGCAGAGAUGUGGACCUUCUCCUUGGUCAGUAGAACGGUACACAUAGGAUUUUUGCAUUGUCCGAAGAUUGCACCUGGAGGACAGCCUCGCAUAGCGCAUCUGCCACUGAGUCAAUUCCUCCUCCAUCCGUUGCCAGUAGCAACGGCUGGAGCGGCCAGCGACAGGGAGAGGACAAACUGCCGACUAUCUCCCGUGAAACGACCCUCGUGACCCCUCACAUCCCGGCCAGGGAGAUAAUGUGGCCUUGGACAACUUGUCGCGUCCUGAGAGAGAACCAAAGAACCGGUACUUACAGCUGUGUAUAGUAAAACUGCUGCAAAGACGCUAG